AUGGCAGCAAUUCUGAAAACGGCCGCACUGGGAGAGAUCCAAGGCAAAGAUGCAAAUGGUGUCACCCAAUAUCUUGGAAUUAAAUACGCGACUCUAAAGAACAGACUCGCAGAUGCAGAAAUCGUCGAGAGCCGCGAUGGCGAUAUACUCGACGCAACCAAAGACGGACCAACUGCCAUCUCCCCUCUAUUCGGCUGUGAUUUAGAACUCAGCGCAAUUCAGCACACCCUUCCCAAAAAGGAACUCCAGCAAUCAGAAGUGGACUGUCUGAAUCUGAACAUCGCUGUUCCUGCUGGUACCACUGCAUCUUCGAAGCUUCCAGUCUUUGUUUUUAUUCACGGCGGAGGUCUUAUGAUCGGUGCCAAUUCGUGGCCCCAGUUUGAUUAUGCGCGGUUUGUCCGGUUGUCAGUGGAGAAAAAGCUGCCUGUUGUUGCUGUUUCGAUCAACUACCGACUGGGCGCUUUUGGCUUCUUAACUUCAGACGAACUCCGCAAAGCAGGCUACAAUGCCAAUAACGGUCUCCGGGACCAAAGAGUUGCACUAGAAUGGGUACAGAAGCACAUCCAAGACUUUGGAGGUGACCCGGACAAUGUGAUUGUAUCAGGCGAGAGCGCUGGCGCGGCAUCGGUGACAUACCAUCUGCACUCCGAGAAACCACUCUUCAAACGCGCCAUCGUCAUGAGCGGGAGUUUCUUCCUUAUCCCAGCUUUACCGUACGACGUGCACGAGGAGAACUACCAACAGGCAAUAACGGCACUGGGUUUGACGAAUGCGACCCCAGAAGAAAGAAUCCAUGUCCUGCUGGAGACACCCGGUCAGGACCUCAUUGGCAAGCUCCCCCCGUCUGUUCGGUUUGUACCUGCGUUGGACGGUAACAUCGUACCUUCUGGUGUUACCCAUGCGCAAGUUGGUGAUAAGGGGGGCAAUAUGCCCAGGGGAAAGACCUGGUGUGACAGCUUACUCGUGGGAGACACGCAGAUGGAUGCAAGCAUUAUGGCACUCCUAAUCCCCCACACGAAACAAGGCUGCGCAAGCAAGUUCACCAAUGCCAUCAACACCGUCCUAUCCUCUCACCCGACCAUAGCACAGCAAAUCCUGGACAAAUACAACAUCAACCCCAACCAGCCCGACGAAGAAGCCUUCCCCGCAAUCCUCAACUACCUUAACGACGUCCUCUUCUUCGCAGCCACGCUGACACUAGCACGCGGCUGGCCCGGAACUGCAUACGUAUACUACUUCAACGAGGGUAACCCCUGGGACGGACCAUGGAAGAAUCGUGCCUCUCACAUCCUGGACGUGGCAUAUCUAUUCCAGAAUUUCCGGGAGUUUCUCACACCAGAGCAAAAGAGCGUCGGAACCGCUUUCGCGGAGGACACAUUCAAAUACUGUCACGGGAUCGCACCAUGGUCCGCGAUAAAGCCCGGCGAGGCGACAACCGGCUUCACAGCGCGGACAUACGGGCCUAGUGCGGACAAUCGCAUUGCUGAACAGGUCACGGAGGUGUACGGUGAAGCGAGUCAGCGCAGGUCUAUUCUUUUCAACUAUGAUGAGGUGUCUUUGGGUGAUUUGGUGAGGGUUUUUGUGGCUUUCACGUCGUAG